AUCGUCUCUCGUUAUUGUUAUCAGUUACUUCCUCGCUCCCUCUUUCUUCUCUCUCCUUUCGGUUUUCACCUUUUCUUUUCCCACACAAGUACGUUUUCUCUAGAUCCAACCACUUCCAUUGCCACCAAUUGCUUCUUCUUGUUUAUUUUGCUCCCAUACCAUUAGCAACACUGUGUUAGAUACUCAGAUCCCCCCUCUUUUCUCUAUGCCAUUCCCCCAGCUGGGAAGGGUGUACUGGAAUCAGAGUGUAGCUGUGGGGUGCAGAUUGAUUACUAUUCUUGUGUUGGCCUUUUCAGGAUGGGCAAGUGCAAGGGUUGUGGGCAGAUAGGAAGAAUGGGAACAACAAAUGGGUCAAUGAGUUCUUAUGAAUUUUCGUUGAUGUUGUCUCCUGUUGUUUCUUUUUGGGAUUGUAUGUUCCGUAAAAUGAGGUAUUCCUACAGACCUGAGUGGGUGUAGUGGUUAGAACGUAACUUUAGUACUAGUCUCAAUACUUUAACUAAAUAGAGUAUAUUAGCAUAACAAUUUAGGGAAAGGGGAGAAAUUAUAAACAAAAAAAUGUAUACAGCUUUAAAGAAAUUCUCUUGAAGGAUAGGAGUUCUCAAAAGUUAUUUUUUUUAAGUAUUUAUAUAGAUAGUGGGUUCUAUGGAUAACAUGGCAUGUAAUAAAGGGCAACGCUUGAGAAAGGCAAAGAAGAAGCAGGUGAAAGAUGAGUUGGAUAGACUGAAACAGGCUGAAAAGAAAAAGAGGCGCCUGGAAAAAGCUCUAGCUACUUCUGCUGCCAUCAUUUCCGAACUGGAGAAAAAGAAGCAGAAAAAGAAAGAAGAGCAACAAAGACUCGAUGAAGAGGGUGCCGCAAUUGCUGAAGCAGUGGCUCUGCAUGUUCUACUCGGCGAAGACUCGGACGAUUCUUGUAAUGUUGUUAUAAAUGACUGUGAAUGCAAGACCUGGAAUUAUAAUCAUAAGCUAGGCCUCUUCAUGGAUGAAAGAAGAGCUUGUUUUCCUCAUCUAGAUGGUGGUACGUGGUCUGUCUCUGCUGAAAGCGGCAAAUGGUCCUUCACAUCCGGCCCUCUUGAGAAGAACGUGUAUGAACCCCUAUAUGAAGAAGCAGGAUGGGGUCCUACUGGAUUCUCUGUUGAUCUUAUAGCAGCACAAGCAGUUAGAUCACUCCAUAUUGCAAAGGAGGCGGAUGAAGCAAGGAUUAUCUUCUAAAGGAAUGCUGAAUGAAGUCUUGUUUGUGUCUUUUCUGGUCACUGGAGAUGAAGUCUUAAUCUUCUGUUAUCUUACUGGAGGUUGUCUUCUGCAUAUUACUUCUAUAUAAUAUGCUUGUCAGCUACGUUCUGCUUCAGUUGUGACUGAAGAACUUUUUGCUGUGUCAUCAUAUUUUCUUCUGAUUUUCAUUAACUGCAUGCAAGGCUGCUAAUUUUCUAUUGGAGUGACUUUUCAUACUCUGAUUGUAAUGGAGAUUUAUACUUUUUUGAGUUGAUUACAAAUAAUAUAAAUGCUCGAGUGGAACUCAAUGACUCAUAAUUUAUAUAUACUUGCAUUGUGGCCUCU